GUGCUAUUCUUCGUCUCGGUCUUAUCCCCUUAAACAAGGCGAGUUAAGGUCGGUAAUGAAGUGAGGGAGCUCAUCGAAGUGAGGUGAGGUGAGGAGGUGGUGAGGGGGGUGGAGGUGAUGGAUUUUGACGAGCAUGAGGAGACGGAGGAGGAGAUGGGGUUGCCGGUGGGCUCCAGCUACGACGCACCCAGCCCGAAUUCGCCUCCUCGAGAGGGAGGAGGGGGAGGGGGAGGAGGAGGGGAGCGGGGGAACGGGAGUAGCGGCCGGAAGGCGGGAGGCGGCGGGGGGAGGUACAGGGAGUGUCUGAAGAACCACGCGUUGGGGAUCGGCGGGCACGCGGUGGACGGGUGCGGCGAGUUUCUGGCGGCGGGGGAGGAGGGCACGCUGGACGCACUCCGCUGCGCCGCCUGCAACUGCCACCGUAACUUCCACCGCCGCGAAACAGGGAGCGGAGGAGGAGGAGCAGGAGGAGGAGGAGCGGUUGGAUACUACCACCACCAGUUCUCGCCGUUCUACCGCACGGCGGCGCCGGGGUAUCUCCACCACCAACAGCCGCUGGCAGUGCAGGCGCCUCCGCAGGCGAUGGCGGCGGCGCCCCCGCAGAGGCACCACCUGGCGCUGCUGCCGUCGACGUCGCGCGGGGACCGGGAGGCGGAGCAUGGGAUGGAGGACCCGUACGCGGCGGCGAUGAUGGGAAUGGGGCCGUCUUCAGCGGGAAGCCACGGCGGCGGCCGGAAGCGGUUCCGCACCAAGUUCACGCAGGAGCAGAAGGACAAGAUGCUCGCUUUCGCGGAGCGCGUCGGGUGGCGCAUCCAGAAGCAGGACGAGGCCGCCGUCCAGCAGCUCUGCGACGAGGUCUCCAUCAAACGCCAUGUCCUCAAGGUCUGGAUGCACAACAACAAGCACACCCUCGGUAAGAACAAACCUACCUGAUUAAUUCCCACAUUAGGAUCUCAUUGUAAUACUCCCUCGCCAUUACAACCUCCUCCUCCAUCUUCUUCUUCUUCCUUCUUCGAUUUGUACUAGUAGCCUUGUAGUCUGUCCUAGUAUUGUUAAUUAAUUAUGAAGACUGUAA